AUGGAUGUCCACUCUGUGUCUCAGCCGCAGUCUCUGUCUUUGCAGGAACUGAGCCCAGAAUGUGGCUUGAACAAUCGGAUAAAGGCAAUCGGCCAAAUCUGCGAGGUGGCAAAAACGAAAAAGUUUGAAGAGCAUGCAGUGGAAGCCAUCUGGAAAGUAGUAGCGGAUAUGCUGCAGCCGGAUCGACCAGCUGAGGCCAGACACGCUGUGCUUCAUCUGCUGAAGGCGAUUAUUCAAGGGCAGGGGGAGAGGCUGGGGAUUCUCCGUGCUCACUUCUUUAAAGUGAUAAAAGAUUAUCCUUCUAAUGAAGACCUGCAUGAACGGCUUGAAGUGUUCAAGGCUCUUACGGAUAAUGGAAGAUACAUAAUGUAUUUGGAAGAAGAAUUGGCUGAAUUUGUCAUUCAAUGGAUGCAAGUUGGUUUGACUUCAGAAUUCCUUCUGGUGCUAGUCAACUUGGUUAAGUUCAACAGCUGCUACUUAGAUGAUUAUAUUACUGUCAUGGUCCGCACAAUCUGCUUUUUGUGCAUCCAGACAUCUUCUGCGAUUGAUAUUGAAGUUUCCCUGCAAGUUCUGGAUGCUGUGGUGUGUUAUAACCACCUGCCUUCUGAAACUCUCCCUGUCUUUAUUGUUACCUUGUGCUGGACCAUCAACGUAAAGGAACUCUGUGAGCCAUGCUGGAAGCUCAUGAGAAACCUGUUGGGAACUCACUUGGGUCACAGUGCCAUUUAUAACAUGUGCCGAAUCAUGGAGGACAAAACCUACAUGGAAGAUGCAGUCCUGCUGCGAGGGGCUGUGUUCUUCGUGGGAAUGGCCUUGUGGGGAGCGCACCGGCUGCAGUCCCUCAAAAACUCACCCACGUCAGUGCUGCCCUCUUUCCUGAAGGCCAUGACAUGUCCAAAUGCCGUUGUGUCUUAUGAAAUAGUUCUCUCCAUCACAAGGCUGAUCAAGAAGUAUGGAAAGGGUCUCCAAGCGGUCACUUGGGACAUCCUCCUGGACAUCAUUGAGCUGUUACUCCAGCAGCUGCAGACCUUGGAAAGUCAGGAACUGAAAUCUAUUGUCCAUGAUUUGCUGACCACCGUGGAGGAACUGUGUGACCAAAAUGACUUCCAUGGAUCUAAGGAGAGAUACUUCGAGCUUGUGGAGAAAUGUGCCAACGAAAGACCUGAAUCUUCUGUUCUGAACCUGAUAACGUACCGAGCUCAGUCCAUCCACCCAGCGAAGGAUGGAUGGAUUCACAACCUACAACUCUUGAUGGAGAGGUUCUUCAGAAACGAAAGUCGGAGUGCUGUUCGCAUCAAUGUUUUGCAUGUCCUGUCUUUUGUCCUGAGUGUCAACCGGCAGUUUUAUGAGGAGGAGUUGAUUAACUUGGUGGUCAUCUCCCAGCUGACUCACAUCCCAGAAGAUAAGGACCACCAAGUUCGCAAGCUGGCUACCCAAUUGCUGGUGGACCUGGCAGAGGGUUGCAACACCCAUCACUUUAACAGCUUGCUGGAUAUUAUAGAAAAGGUGGCGUCACAUUCCCUGCUGCCGCCUCCCGAACUGGAAGAAAGAGACCUUCUCUCUUAUUCUGCCUCUUUAGAGGAUGUGAAGACUGCUGUGCUAGGCCUGCUAGUCAUUCUCCAGACCAAACUGUACAGCCUGCCUGCCAGCCACGCCACCCGUGUUUACGAGAUGCUGGUCCAUCACAUUCAGCUCCACUAUAAAUACAAGUACAGCCUCCCAAUUGCUGCAAGCAUCCGAUUGCAGGUGUUUGACUUCUUGCUUUCACUUCAGGCUGACUCCCUCCACCGACUGGGCCUGGCCACCAAAGAUGGCCCUGUGAGAUUUAGUCCUUACUGCCUCUGUGACUUUGUGGAGCCUGAGAAGAAGCCUGCCGGUGCCCUCUCCCCUCCCUCAGGAAGCCCUAGCCUGCCCCCCUCAAGUACAGCCAUCCGUACCGGGCAUUUACCCUACUCUCUGCUCUUUGGAGUUCUCCUACAAUGCUUAAAGCAGGAGACAGACUGGAAAGUACUGAAGCUGGUUCUGAACAAAUUGCCCAGGUCUUUGCAGUACAAGGUGCUUUAUUUGACCUCCCCUUGCAACAUUGACCAGCUCUCUUCAGCCCUCUGUAAUAUGCUUACAGACAAAAAGAUGACCGAACGACUAAGGGGCAUCCCAGAAGGACUUUCCCGGAAUGACUUGCACCUGGCUGUGGUUCCAGUCUUGACUGCUUUGAUCUCUUACCACAGUUACCUGGACAAAGCCAAGCAGCGGGAGAUGGUUUACUGCCUGGAGCAUGGGCUGAUCUAUCGCUGUGCCAACCAGUGCGUCGUGGCUCUGUCCAUCUGUAGUGUGGAGAUGCCGGAUAUUAUCAUCAAAGCCCUGCCUGUCCUGAUCGUCAAACUGACCCAUAUUUCAGCUACAGCCAACAUGGCCAUUCCACUGCUCGAAUUCCUUUCAACACUGGCCCGACUGCCUCAUCUCUAUAGGAAUUUUGCCGCAGAACAGUAUGCCAGUGUGUUUGCCAUCUCCCUGCCCUACACAAACCCCUCCAAGUUUAACCAGUACAUUGUCUGCCUGGCGCACCAUGUUAUAGCCAUGUGGUUCAUCAAGUGCCGCCUCCCUUUCCGGAAAGACUUUGUACCCUACAUUACCAAGGGUUUACGAUCAAAUGUCCUCCUUUCCUUUGAUGAUACCCCUGAGAAGGACAGCUUCCGUGCUCGUAGUACAAGUCUGAAUGAAAGGCCAAAGAGUUUUAAAAUAGCCAAAAGUGCCAGGCAAAGCUUGAAUAACUCUCCUCCAGUGAAAGAGCUGAAAGAACCCUCGCCAGCUGAUGCCUUCCGGUCUCGCAGCAUCAGCGUCUCUGACCAUGCCGCCCACAGUCGGAUACAGACUUCCAUCACCAGCUCCAGCCUGGGGUCGGCGGAUGAGAACUCAAUGGCCCAGGCAGAUGACAACCUAAAAAAUCUCCACUUAGAAUUGACAGAAACCUGCCUUGACAUGAUGGCCCGAUACGUCUUCUCCAACUUCACCGCGGUGCCGAAAAGGUCUCCUGUGGGAGAGUUUCUCCUGGCUGGAGGGAGGACCAAGACCUGGCUGGUGGGGAACAAGCUGGUGACCAUCACAACAAGUGUUGGGACGGGAACCAGGUCACUUCUGGGUCUGGACUCUGGGGAGCUACAAAGCAGCACAGAAUCAAGUUCGGACCAUAACUUGCAAGUCAGACAGGCAAAAGAGGCACCGGCCAAACUGGAGUCUCAGGCUGGUCAACAAGUGGUUCGAACCCGCAACAGAGUCAGGUCAAUGUCUGGCGGCCAUGCUUUAAGGGUUGGUGCAUUAGACAGCUCCUCCUCCCAUUUCUCAACCCCUUCGAUGCCCCAGGGACCUCAGGGCUCCUCUGCUACUCGGUCAGAUAAGGUAGUUUCUGGGGCUCUGCAGAAGGAGAAGGCCAACCUGGCUGCCUACGUCCCACUCCUGACCCAAGGAUGGGCUGAAAUACUGGUGCGGAGGCCAACAGGUAACACCAGCUGGUUGAUGAGUCUGGAGAAUCCACUGAGUCCCUUCUCUUCAGAUAUCAACAACAUGCCCCUGCAGGAGCUUUCCAACGCCCUCAUGGCAGCUGAGCGGUUCAAGGAGCACCGGGAGACAGCCUUGUACAAGUCGCUCUCAGUCCCUUCCACCAGCUUGCCCACAGGAACGGCCAAGCCCUCCCUCCUGCAACGCUCCAACACAGUGGCUUCUUUCUCUUCCGUGUAUCUGACCAGUUCUCAAGAAAAGUUGUACAGGAGCAUUUCUUGGGCAGAAUCUGCUGUUGUUCUGGAAGAAGGAAGCCCCCCAGACUCUGAUCUGAAAGAAAAGGCGUCUCACCCAGAAUCUCAGGAGAUUGAAGACUUUGAAGGUGUCUGUCCUGACCAAGGCCUUGGCGAGGAGAAGUUGAACAAAGGCCAUGGAACAUACAGUCGGUCUUCUUCAACAUCCAGUCAAGAGGAAAAAUCCCUGAAGCCAGAAGACUUGGCAUCCAUCGGCAUUCCCAUUGAAGGAACCCGGAACCUGGAAGACAGCCGGGCUUUUGAGGCCCUCUCCUUCCAACCUUCCCAGCCCCUCAGUAAGUCCAGCUCAUCUCCAGAGCUUCAAACUCUUCAGGAGGUGCUCAAGGAUCCUGGUGGUGAAGAUCCGGCUGGAAAACUGAGCAGCGACGUCAAAUCCAAGUCCCAGUCGGGACACUUGGAAGGAGAGACAGCGUCCAGCUGGUUGGGCAAAGGAGAAAAUGAGAAGGCUGCUGGAGGAGCCCGGGUGGGGGGCAGUGUCCCUGCCUCUUCCCCCCAUUCCCCUACCGGCCAUCGCCCCCGCGGGUACACCAUCUCCGACUCAGCCCCCUCAAGGAGGGGCAAGAGGAUUGAGAGAGACCCCUUCAAAGGCAGGGCAGCCGCCUCCAAUGCAGAGAAGGUGCCAGGAAUCAAUCCCAGUUUCGUGUUCCUGCAGCUGUACCACUCUCCUUUCUUUGGCGAUGAAUCUAACAAACCCCUCUUGCUGCCAAAUGAGACUUUUGAAAGAUCUGUUCAGCUCUUGGACCAGAUCCCUCCCUAUGACACCCACAAGAUUGCUGUGUUGUAUGUUGGAGAAGGCCAGAGCAACAACGAACUGGCCAUCCUAUCCAAUGAACAUGGCUCCUAUCGGUACACGGAGUUCUUGACUGGCCUGGGAAAACUCAUUGAACUCAAAGACUGCCAGCCAGACAAGAUUUACCUGGGCGGUCUGGAUGUGGGCGGCGAGGAUGGGCAGUUUACCUACUGCUGGCACGAUGACAUCAUGCAAGCCAUUUUCCACAUCGCUACUUUGAUGCCCACCAAGGACUUAGACAAGUAUCGUUGCGACAAGAAACGGCACCUGGGGAACGACUUUGUUUCCAUAAUUUACAACGACUCAGGGGAAGACUUCAAACUGGGAACUAUCAAGGGCCAGUUCAACUUUGUGCAUGUUGUCAUCAAGCCACUGGAUUACAACUGCAACCUGCUUACUCUCCAGUGCCGGAAAGAUAUGGAAGGACUUGUUGACGCCAGUGUGGCAAAGAUCAUCUCUGAUAAAAACCUGCCAUUUGUAGCCCGUCAGAUGGCUCUACAUGCCAAUAUGGCAUCUCAUGUCCACCACAGCCGCUCCAACCCCACGGAUACCUACCCCUCGAAAUGGAUUGCUCGGCUGCGUCACAUCAAGAGGCUCCGACACAGGAUCCGGGAGGAAACCCAGUACCAGGGAUCUGGUUUUCCUGCCAUGCACCCUCCUGUCCCUACAAAAGCUUCUGCCCACAUCCCCCAAGACCCAGCUCCUACCUAUGAAACGGGGCAAAGGAAACGCUUGAUCUCCUCAGUGGAUGACUUCACAGAGUUUGUUUAACACAGCUUGAGUCUGGGCUGGUGUCCCCCCAGACUCCCAACGGCUGACUCAGAAGGAUUUGCUUUCAGCCCUCACUCCAAUCCUGGAUGUGUCACCACCAUUUUGACCUCUGUUUGAUUUGUGGCCUCACUGUGACUUUACUCACAUGGUCUCUUUUUGGUAGCUGCUGAUCCUUUGAUACCACAGAGCCACUUUGACUCUGGGUUAUUUUUAACCAGCGCCUUUGGGGUAAGUGUCUCCAAGCAGGUGUGGGUGCAACAGGGCUGUGUGAUGCUUGUUGAACUGGUGAGACUGACAGUCCUGGAGUGUCCCUGUCCACAGUCCAUCCGUGGCCAUUUUCACAAAAAUCUUACCUUCAGGUGACGGCUGGUGAUUGGCUUUUUCUAGUGGGCAGGACAGGAGGAAGUGAGGAAGAAUUAAGUUCUGCAAGUCUAAAUAGUCUGGCUUUGAGGUUGGUUUAGAUGCCCAAAGUGGAGACCUCGGAGGAGUUUGACAUUUGGGACUAAUCUUAGGUAAGCCUUUGCUUACAUCUGCUCCCAGCAGAACUGAGACCUAGACUUAAAUUUAGGGAAAAGAAAGGUAUUGUGAGAAUUUGAGACAGAGGAAUCCCCUGCCUUUCCGUUGUUGAAGUACAUGGAACCUGGAGGCUUGCUGGGAAGAAACGUGCCACUCCUGCUCUGUCUUCACUGGCCUAGGAUUUUCUCUUACAGUAGGAAGAGGAGGUGGCUUUUGCUGUUGCUGAACCCAGAGGCCCUCAAGGACUUUGAUGGCUUUCUUUAUCACUGUUCUUCCUUGGAAAAGUGUGAGUGGUACAGACUCUAAACUCCCUCCUCAGGAAAGAAUCAUUCACCCAUUGGCCAAAGGUCCUCUGAAACUUCUUGACUCCAGUCUUAUUUGGCAAAUAAUGUCUUACUAUAACAUUGUUCAUGGAAUAAAGGUCUUUGAAUGGC